AACUAAUACCUAGAAUAUCAACAUAGAAACGCUGCUUCCUAUAUAGUGUAUUUCUAGUUAUUUACCAGCUCGCAUGUGAUCAACACAAAACGCCCAUCGUGUGAGUUGCCUCUAUUACGCGUUGUACACAUGUGAACUAAUCCAGCAUAACCUGAGCUUGUUUUGAAACCGUCUCCCGAGUUUACUCAGCAUGUGAAGAAAAUAAUCUCUAAAAAUCAAAGACUGCUUCGAAUUCGCAAGUACUUGACAUUUGCAUAAAGAAAUCAACGAUAUAAUCUCUGAAAAAGGAAGUGUAUAUUUGUACAGUGAACAAUGGAAAUGGAUUGCAACGUAAAGUCACGUUUGUCGAGACCAACAGUACAUGAAGAAGAAAUUUUAAACAGAAAUGAUAUAAAAACGAUAAUUUAUGAAAAUCAAAGGCAACAAGGAGAUGAAUUCUCACAGACUAAAGACUCUUCGGAUAUGACGAAUGAAACUUCCUUGGAAUUAAACAUUGUUCCAGCCUCAAACAAUAUUGAUUUUCAAAUUCCUUCACAAUCUAAUGUUCAUUCAGGAGAGUCAAAAGAAGCAGAAAGUUCUGAGAUACAUGAAAUAACAAACAAUGAUGCGGCUCUAAAUACUACAGAGUCGAAAAAUAUGAAUUUGGAAGAUAGAGAAUCAACAAAUUCUUCCUAUUUCCAAUAUAAUUGGUCUAUUGCACCGAAACUAUUAUAUGUAGCUACCGAGGAAUAUCAGCCUAUAGAUUUGUAUGAAAAUUUUACAAAAGGAUGCCAGUGGUCUCCAGAUGGAACAUGCUUACUCGUACCAUCAGAUGAUUGUAGAAUGCGUAUUUACGAACUUCCUAGAGAAUUGUACUCUGGAAAAAUACCGUCUGACUUUGCGUGGACUAAUUUUGCAUCUGCUCUAACAGUUAAAGAAGGAGGUCUUAUAUAUGACACUUGUUGGUUUCCCUUUAUGAGUGCAUGGGAUGCUUCAACAUGUUGCUUUCUGAGUACCAGUAAAGAUAAUCCUGUUCACUUGUGGGAUGCAAUUACAGGGGAAUUACGCGCGACAUAUCGUGCAUACAAUCAAGUUGACGAAAUAGAAGCAUCUCUCAGUACUCGGUUUGUGAAUGUAGGAAGUGAGGUAUGGUGUGGCUUCAAAAAUGCUGUGAGAACGUUUGACACGAAUCGUCCUGGAAGACAAACACACGAUAUCUUUUUUAAGCACGAUUUCCCAAAUAUGAUUGGAUUGGUUUCAUGCAUUCGUGAAAAUCCAAUUAUGCCAGGCCUUGUCGCUUUUGGCUCGUAUUCUAAAUGUAUCGGUUUGUACAAAGAUGGACCAAUAUGCACUUUUGAAACUGGUUGUGGUGUAACACAAGUCGAAUUCAGCUCUUGUGGAACAAAACUGUACUCAGUCGUUCGGAAAGGCAGUGAAUUCUUGUGUUGGGACCUCCGUAACCCCGGGACUCUUCUUUAUUGCCUAAAAGGAAGGCAAUCUGAUACCAAUCAAAGAAUCUACUUUGCAAUUACACCUGACGAUAAACAAAUAGUUUCUGGCGGCACUGAUGGGACUAUCACCGUAUGGGAAUUUUCAGACGAUAUUACGGCAGAUAACAAUGAAAACUUAAAUCCGAAAUGUAAAAUAGAACUAUCGAGAGAUUGUAUAAACGGAGUAAGCCUACACAGAAGUUUACCUAUACUGGCAACUAGUUCAGGACAGAGACAAUGUCAUGUCGAAAAUAUGCGUAGAGACAAUAGCGUGAGAUUGUGGUGGGCAUCUUGAUGAUGUGAUUGUGUAACUGUUUAUUUUGAUAUUAACCAUUGACUUGAAAGUGAGAAACAAGAUUGCAAAUAUUUGUAUAUAGUGUAAAAUAAUGUAGUAUCGUUAUGUUCAUAUUUAUACCUAAAAUUCUGUAAGUAAGAAUACCUCGGGUAUAUAAGAUUAGAAAACGUUGCAGGAAAUGAAAUAAUAUUUUAAUUAAUUAUACCGAACAACUCUGCUGCG